AUGGCAUCCAAUAGUGUUGUAAUUGGGUCUAUAAUUGGAGCGGUGAUUGGGACAUGCUUUCUAUUAUCAUUUGUUAUGAUUUUGUAUUGCUAUUGGUGUUGCGUAAUCUAUGUUAAGUCACCCCAAGAUGAGUACAAUGUGUCUGAUCUCCAUUUUCGGGACAAGCAGAAAACGACGCAUACUUUAAGGCAUAUGUUUAAAGCAAUGUCAUGGAUAUACGGUGGACUGAGAAGUAAAGAUUUAGAAGACCAAAUCGAUAUAGACAAACCGCCAAGUUCAGUGACGAAUUGUGAUACGAAUUUGAAUUCAAAUUCAACGUUUUCAAGGCUAGCACUCAAGAGUUAUACGCUUCCUUCUGAAGAUGGUGAGACACCACAAGUAUGUAUGGGCAAUGUGAAAGAUGUAAACAUUAUCCCGUGUUUUAAUAAGGACGAUACAACUAGUUAUUCACUGGUAUAUAAGGAUGCGAUAGAUAGGUUUGAUUUAUCAGACGGACUUGCUAGUACAAACGUCGACCGAAGAAACUCUUUGAAGGCUAAACACCUUUCAAAUAUAAGAAGGAUGUCAUCGUUGACAUAUCGAAUGGAUGAUUCUGAGCCGAGUAAUUUUGUAACAACUGUUGCCAAACCGUCAGAAAGUGAACAGUCUUAUAUUUCGGACCAAUAUGAUAGCUUUACACGCACUUUGAUGUUACAGAACUUGAUUGGCAAUUCAGUUAACGCCAUUAAGAAAAACGUUAUUCGGGAACUUUACGAUCCCUAUCUGGAAAACUUGAUUUCUGUUGGAGGGAUAGUCGUUGUCGUUAAACCAUUCGACGGAGUUAAUGAUUUUGAGUUUAACUCGUUACAGACUGGGGACCUUUUGAGAGUUGUUCGGUUUUAUGUGAAGGGAGAACUUGACAUAGAUAAAUCCAAAAUGAAACAUGAUGAAGAUUCGAUAGAUAUUGCAGAAUCCCGAAAUAAUUCAUCGACUGAUGCAACAAUUAGAAGCGGCAUAUGCAUCGGUAGAUCUGAUCCUAACUAUAAUAGUGUCUACUGUACUGGAAUUUUGCUUAAUACAUACCUAGAAUAUAACAAACAAACCCGUGAUUUAUCGUUAAGACUUAAAAAGGAUGCCGAAGAGAAUGAAUUUGAACUACUUAAGGAUUUCCCGCUUAGAAUUGUUUCCCUCGAAACUACAGUUUUAAAAAAAGUAUCUGAAUCAUCAGUCGCUAAAGAUAAAUUUGAGAAUCACUUCAGUUAA